UCCGGGGCGGGGCCUGCACUCGCGAGUUCCGGCAUCUGCGCGAAGAUGGUGGAGGAGGAGACUCUCCGCGUGGUUCGUUGUGGCGGCAGCGAGUUGAACUUCAGGAGAGCGGUGUUCUCUGCGGAUUCUAAGUACAUCUUCUGUGUCUCUGGAGACUUUGUUAAAGUUUAUAGCACAGCUACAGAAGAAUGUGUACACAUAUUGCAAGGACAUAGAAAUCUGGUCACUGGAAUCCAGCUCAAUCCCAACAACCAUCUACAGCUGUAUUCUUGUUCCUUGGAUGGCACAAUUAAACUGUGGGAUUAUAUAGAUGGCAUUUUGAUAAAGACUUUCAUUAUUGGACAGAAACUUCAUGCCCUCUUUACUCUUGCCUGUGCUGAGGAAUCUCUCUUUGUGAUAAUAAAUAGUGAAAAACCAGACAUAUAUCAGCUGGCUUCCGUGAAGCUACCAAAGUCAACAAGCCAGGAAAUAGAAGCUAAGGAGCUCUCCUUUGUUUUGGAUUACAUAAACCAGUCACCUAAGUACAUUGCCUUUGGAAGUGAGGGAGAAUAUGUUGCUGCAGUUCGUGACUUUUACCUGUCUGUUUAUUUUUUCAAAAAGAAAACAACAUCAAGGUUUACUUUAUCGUCAUCAAGAAAUAAGAAACAUUCUAAGAACAAUUUUACAUGUGUGGCAUGUCACCCAAAGGAAGACUGCAUAGCUACUGGUCACAGGGAUGGCAAGAUCCGUCUGUGGAGGAAUUUUGAUGAUGAUAAGAAAUACACAUACACAUGCUUACAUUGGCAUCACGAUAUGGUUAUGGAUUUGGCUUUUUCAGUAUCAGGCACCAGCCUGUUGAGCGGUGGCCGUGAGUCGGUCCUUGUAGAGUGGCGCGAUGCGACAGAGAAGAACAAGGAGUUCCUCCCCCGCCUAGGGGCAACGAUUGAACACAUCUCAGUCUCACCUGCUGGGGAUUUAUUCUGUACUUCCCACUCUGAUAACAAGAUCAUAGUCAUUCACCGAAACCUUGAGGCAUCUGCUGUAAUUCAAGGUCUAGUGAAAGACAGUAAUAUCUUUACUGGUUUAAUGAUUGAUCCACGAACAAAAGCUUUAGUUUUGAAUGGAAAACCCGGCCAUUUGCAGUUUUAUUCUCUCCAAAGUGACAAGCAAUUAUACAAUUUAGAUAUUGUACAACAAGAAUAUAUCAAUGAUUAUGGUCUGAUCCAAAUUGAGCUAACAAAGGCUGCAUUUGGCUGCUGCGGUAACUGGCUUGCAACCGUGGAACAACGUCAAGAAAAAACUGAGCUUGAAUUGCAAAUGAAACUGUGGACAUACAAUAAGAAAACACAAGGCUUUGUUCUCAACACAAAAGUUAACAUGCCGCAUGAGGAUCACAUCACAGCUCUAUGUUUCUGUAAUGCACAAAAAUCUGAAAACCCCACCUUGGUUACAACUAGUAAAGACGGUCUCUUCAAAGUGUGGAUAUUAACAGAUGACUCAGAUAUAUACAAAAAUGCUGUUGGCUGGACCUGUGAUUUUGUAGGUAGUUAUCAUAAAUACCAAGCAACUAACUGCUGUUUCUCUGAAGAUGGCUCUUUAUUAGCAGUUAGUUUUGAGGAGAUAGUUACAAUAUGGGAUUCAGAGACAUGGGAACUUAAAUGUACAUUUUGUCAACGAGCUGGCAAAAUAAGGCAUCUUUGCUUUGGGAGUCUGACUUGUUCCAAAUAUCUUCUUGGUACUACUGAAAAAGGCAUUCUUUGUUGUUGGAAUCUGCUCAGUUGUGCAUUGGAAUGGAGUACAAAAUUAAAUGUUAGAGUCUUAGAACCUGAUCCUAAUUCAGAGAAUGUUGCUGCAAUCUCUCAGACUUCAGUGGGUUCAGAUUUGUAUGUAUUUAAACCUAGUGAGCCAAGGCCAUUGUACAUUCAAAAAAAUAUCUCCAGAGAAGAAGUCCAGUGGGGAGUGUUUGUUCCACGAGAUACCCCUGCAUCAUUCACCUCAGAAGCUUAUCAGUGGCUGAACAGAUCCCAGUUUUACUUCUUAACAAAAUCACAGAGUUUAUUGACACUUGGUACAAAAUCUCCAGAAGAGAAACUCACACCAACAAGCAAACAAUUAAUAGCGGAAGAAAGCCUUCCGACAACCCCAUUUUAUUUUAUACUGGGAAAACACAGGCAACAGCAGGAUGAAAAAUUAAGUGAAGCUUUGGAGAAUGAACUGGUACAAUUACCCUUAACAGAAAACAUACCUGCAAUAAAUGAGCUUCUUCACACUCCAGCCCAUGUAUUGCCAUCUGCUUCUUUCCUGUGCUCCAUGUUUGUAAAUUCGUUGCUUCUCUCUAAAGAGACUAAAAGUGCUGAAGAAAUUCCUGAAGAAGAAGACAUGGAAGAAGAAAAAGAAAGUGAUGACUCAGAUGAAGAAAAUGACUCUACAGAAAAUUUUCAGGACACAAGUAACACAGAAAUGGGAGAAGAUGUUAUACAUCAGCUGUCAAAAUCUGAAGAAAAAGAACUGAGAAAACUCAGGAAAGUAGACUACAGCUGGAUAACAGCUCUUUAAUCCUUGGAAAUCGAAAGGGGUUCUUGCACUUUUAUUUUUUUAAUAUUUGUUGAUAACUUUGUAAGCAUCUAUUUUAAUGUUAUUUCUGUUCUUAAAAUAUUAAAUGCUUUUUAAAUAACUGGUAGUAU